GUAAAAUAUAUUUUAUAUAUCAUUUAUUGCAUGUAAUUUGUAAGUUUCUUUUUAAUCAUUAGUUUUAUCAACUUUUUACAUCAGAAGUAACAAUGCAAUCAGCAAUGGAAGUGCUACCGAAAACGAUCGCAAUUAUCAUUACACUUACUGCUUACAGCACAAUUUACUUUGGUUUUGUAACCAUGAAGUUAUUAUUAAAUAGAAUUAAUAUGGGUUACGAAGUGUUGCUUAAUAAUGAGGAAUUACAUUUGUUUGAAGAAAGUGAAAAACAAAGUAAAUUAUAUGUAUACGUUAUACUUGGUUUUGCUAAUGGAUAUGGUUUAUCAAUAUUAGUUCCGUGCAUUGUCAAAUUAUGUCUUUAUUUUUAUGGAAUAUUGGACGAUAAUAAUUUACAACUAAUAUUACCCGUUGAAAAUGUCACCAAGGCAGGAGUGAAAUAUUUUUGCUCACUGAUUUAUCAAAUAAUUGCAUUUAUUGCUAUAUUUACAGUAGCUGCUGUGAGUUUUUCAGGAUAUCUGAUAUUUGUUCUUUUUGCGUGCUUUCAAUUUCGCGUUUUAAUAUCUAAAAUACAACGUCCGUUCAGAAGAAAUUCAAAAUAUUUUCAAAGGGAUCUCUAUUUUAGAACAUCGCAAGAAGAAUGGGAUUGGAUAAUCGAUAUUAUAAAUAGCUUUAAAAAUGUUACGGA